UUUAGCAUAGAAGAAUAUUUCUUGAGCUCGUCAGUCAUAAACAAAAAUGGCAGAAGCUGGAGGGAAGCCCAAAGUAUCGAAUGCCAGAGAAACAUUAGACAUCCUUGCCGAAAUAUCCAAAUUGUUGAACACCGGCUUGGACACAGAUACCCUAGCCCUGUGUGUCAGAUUGUGUGAGAAUGGCAUCAAUCCUGAGGCUUUGGCGCUGGUUAUUCAAGAGUUGAGGCGAGAAUCUGCUGCAAUUAAAGCAUCUGAGUCAUCCAAUUUAUCAUGAAGAAAGGAGAAUGCUAAAAUACAGGAGAAAUAUAGUGUCAGUUUUGUUAUUAACCCAUUUUUUUUUUUAUAAGUUAACUUAAUCAUAUCCUAAGGACCUUUCUUGUAACAGGCUUUGAAUUUAUAUUCUCAGCAUGCAAGAUCUGGUAAUCUUUAUCACUUUGGCACAUCAGUAUUGCUGUUGUUACAUAAAUGAUUAAGUUACCUGCUUAGCUAAGACACCCUCUGCAGCAAUGUGUGUAGAAUGUACCUGCUUCUAUAAAAAAAA